UGAAAUCGUGUCUGUUCGUUUACAGUCGACUAAUUUCGACAACCAUCGUAAAUUGGAAAACUGUCCUCCAUCGUUCAUGCCAAAAUACUUUGAACCUUUCAAGAAAUUUGUGCUAAAAAAGAAAUAAACAAAAACAAUAGUUCGGUACGUGUAAGCGGACUUAUGAUUUCGCUAUGUUCUGAAUGAUGAAUUAGUGUACGUUCGUCAAUAUUGCAUUGCCUGAGAGCUUCCCUUUGUAAAAUUAACUUUGUGUUUAAGAGUGAACUCACGUAAUGUAUUCAGAAGGUUAUAAAUACUGGCUAGCGUAUAAGAAGAACAAUACAAGCUACUUUCGCUGUUCUCGCUACAAGACCCAUUGCCCAGGUCGUUGUGUGCUAGAAGAUGGAGUCGUGAGAAAUACAACAAAACAUACACACGGCGCGGAGCCUGAUAGGGUGAUGGUGGAAAAGUUUCGUAAAGUCUUGACUCAUCGAGCAUCGACCGAGUCAACCGACCUGUACACAAUUUACUGGGACGAAGCUUCACAGCAUGCCGAAGCUUCACUGCUUUACACAUACUCUGCAGCCGAGUCAGCAAUGCGAAAAGCUCGGCGAAAGCAAUUGCCGCCCGUUCCAGAAACAAUUCAAGAUGUUGGCGAAGUUUUGGCUAAUUCAAAUCUGUUCCGCGUACACAGUGGUCAAAACAAAGACAAAUUCUACCAGACCAUGCUCGAUUUGAAUGGAUCGACGUGCUUGAUAUUUGCUCAUAUGAAAACGAUGGAACAGCUGGGAAAGGUCGAAGAAAUGUAUCUGGACGCUUCCAUAAACAUGUUGCCGAAUUUCUCCUCGGAAUAUCAUUUGCUAACGGUUCACUCGGUGCAAUCACUUGAUAGCAUUCCACUGAUUUACGUUAUCAUGACAUCAAAGUCUCAAGCGGAUUUUGCAGCCGUUUUUGCUUAUAUUCGAGAAUUUUAUGGGACGUAUGUCUCACCAAAUGUGAUCAUGGCAAAUUUUGAUCAAAAUAUGCAACAAGCGCUUCAAUAUACGUUUCCUGAAGCAACAAUAAAAGGAUUUUGGUUUCAUUAUACAGAUGCCGUUUUGAAGGAAAUGAAAGACCUGGGAAUGCAAAGUGAAACAGCCCGCGGACAUUCCAGCAGUUGUUUGCGAAUGUUACUCGUACUGCCGUUGUUGCCUGCAGAUUAUAUCAGGAGUGGAUUGGAAGCAGUUAAGAAAUGGGCGCAAGAGAAAAAAAUUCUGUCCACUCAAAUGAAUGCCCUGUGUACGUACAUUGAAAAGUCAUGGAUACGGGCAGUUGGGGCAGAGAAAAUGUCAAUUUUCGGUCUAGCGAAUAGCAUUCACAACCAUAUUCAGACAUUCAACAACGAUUUAAAGAGUGCUAUGGGAACUGCCAACACAAUAUGGAAUAUGCUGGAAAACUUAACUUGCAUCGCAACGCGAACGUUUGUUAAAGUAAACAAGCGGCAAAAGAAUUCCGAACCGCCAAAACAGCAAAAACGAAAUCAACAAUCGCGUGGAUACAUUAUCAACGAUGUAACGCAACUGUGGAUUAGAACGCCAGUGCAUUUACGGUCGCCGCUCUAUUUCCUGCAACUAACCAGUCAUUGUAUCAAUGAUGCAAUCUAUUAUGCCAAUCUUGAAGAUAUACGAAACAAACGGAAGACCAUGGACGACGGUGUGGUAGCAACAAAAACAAAUUGCAGGCAAUCAUCGAAAAGGGACGCUCCGACAUCUAUAACCAGAAGUCCAGUGACCGUUUCGACGAGUUUAAUUAAUGUGAUAUCGAAUUCAACAACUGUUGAUGCCACCAAAAAUCGAUUCCCUUCCAAUCCGCCACCGUUAGUGUUUUUUCCGAAAACGAAACCUAUUGAACGGAAAACUGAAUACAGAUUGGAACCGCCGCCGUUGGUUCCAAUUAGUGGACGGCAGGGCCUAUUUUUUAGAAUAUUUUAAAGAAUUUCUAGAAUUUUAAGAAUAUUGUAGAA